UUGUCCCGCUUCUCUCACUCAUGCUCAUCCUCCGGCCACCCUCUCCGCCGAUCUCCGGCGCUUUCUCGGCCGCGGUUGCUUCCCAGCACGCGUCUCGCGCCCCUGCUCAUCGUAUCGUCUUCUUCUCCUUCGUCUUCGAAAAGCCGUAGAACUGAGGACGACUACCACUCCAUCCUCAAAGCCCUUAAUUCCAAUGGCCGACGCGUUCCAAGGAAAUCUCUCGGCCAGCACUACAUGUUGAAUUCGAGUGUUAAUGAGGAGCUGGUUAAUGUGGCUGGGGUUAAGGAUGGGGAUUUAGUUCUUGAUAUUGGCCCAGGCACUGGAUCUUUGACCAAUGUCUUGAUUAAAGCUGGAGCUAGUGUUAUUGCGAUCGAGAAGGACCCGCAUAUGGUUGUGCUUGUCAAGGAGAGGUUUGGAAGCACAGAUCAACUUAUGGUUUUGCAGGAAGACGUUACAAAAUGUCACAUCCGUUCACGACUGAGUUCCUUUAUAGAGAGCAAGAAUUCCACAGGACAUGAGUUAAAGCGUGCAAAGGUUGUGGCCAAUAUACCCUUUAACAUCAGUACUGAUGUGGUUAAGCAACUUUUGCCAAUGGGUGACAUCAUCUCCGAUGUAGUUCUUUUGCUCCAGGAUGAGGCAGCUUUACGCUUGACAGAUGUUUCCCUACGAAAAACAGAACACCGACCAGUGAACAUCUUUGUGAACUUUUAUUCAGAUCCAGAAUACAAGUUCAAAGUGGAGAGAUCAAAUUUUUUUCCACAACCAAAUGUUGAUGCAGCUGUUGUUAGAUUUAAACUUAAAUUAAUUUCAGAUUAUCCACCAGUAAUAUCCAUCAAAAGCUUCUUUUCAAUGGUAAACUCUGCCUUCAACGGAAAACGUAAAAUGUUGCGAAGAUCUCUUCAACAUAUCUGCUCGGCUCUUGAGAUUGAAGCUGCUCUUAUGAAUGUUGGUCUUCCAACUACUUCUAGACCAGAGGAGCUCACGCUCGAUGACUUUGUGAAGCUGCAUAAUGAGAUAGCAAAGGUUUAAUCUUUCUAUUCAAUAACGGCCGAAAACAAAGCACUCUCAUGGUAUCAAGCGGUGCUGCUGAACUUAGGAUCAAUCAUAAUGAGCAAAACUCAGUUGCAAACAUUGUACAUGAUGAAGAUCAUACUUGUGCUCCGGAUUGUCAAAGAUGAAGGUCAUUUGUUCUCUCUCUCUCUCUCAAUUUUUAAAAUGUAAUAUCUUUUGAUGUACUUUGGAGGUUUGAGUUUUUAAUGUAAUUUCAAUGUAAUAUUUGUAUUUCUUUUCCUUUUUACAAGAUAAAAGGAAUGUAUAUCGACCGCUUUAAUGUUUUUUUUUAACAAU